GGGGGCAGGAUUUCCCGCUGAUCCCGGCGGUCUGUCCUCUGCAGUUUAAAAAGAGCCUAGCGGGGCUUAACUCUCCCGUGUCCGGCCGGCCUCCGAUGCCCCCGUCCCCUGUUCUGUGCGGAACUCUGGCCUUGGCCAUCUGCCUACUUCUCUAAGCCUCAGUAUCCUCAUCUGUGAAACCGGUUCCCCUCAUCUCAAGGUCAAAACGGAGCAUUCGGCCGUGCUGUGCCCCAGCCCAGGGAGCCCACCGUACCGGGAGGCGGAGGAUUAAAAGGUCCCAACCUCCUCCCCAGGGGAUCAACGAGGUUGGACUGGGCCCCGGGUACUAGGCUGGGUGGGGGUGGGGCGCCUGAGCCGGUCGCAGUUGUCUGGGGACCCUGGGGCCCUCUGCGUCGAGAGCGCUUGAAGACCCGGGAUUCCUGGCCCGACCGCGUGGGAAGACCCUAGCUCUUCCGCUAUCUGCCCCGCUGGCUCGGGAAAGGGGCGGCCCCUUUAAGAGCGCGCAGCCCCGCCCGCCCCCUCCGGGCCGGAUCCGAAUUCCAGGGAGGCGGGGCGGAGACGGUGGCGAGGAGGAGGCCGCGGCGGCGCGGGACAGAUCGAGCUGCGGCUCGGGCGGCGCCUCCCUGCGGCGGGCCCGGCCCGGCUCCGGCCCCCGCCGGGGCGAUGCUCCCCGGAGCCGCGGGAUGAGCCAGAUGAGGAAACGGAGCACCGACAUUUCCCAGAGCCAACAUGUAAACCAGGCAUUUGGCCUGAGUGACAGACUGGUGCAGGUGGCCAGCAGCUUAGUUUGUACUGAGCCCUUACUGGGUCCCCACAGCGAUCCUGACCUGUGUUCCUGCCCACAGUGACUCGGCCGGUCCGGGCAUGGCAGACCCGGUGGCUGGCAUCGCGGGCUCGGCGGCCAAGAGUGUGCGGCCGUUUCGCUCCAGUGAGGCCUACGUGGAGGCCAUGAAGGAGGACCUGGCCGAGUGGCUCAAUGCCUUGUACGGCCUGGGUCUCCCGGGUGGUGGUGAUGGCUUCCUGACGGGGCUGGCCACGGGCACGACACUGUGCCAACAUGCCAACGCCGUGACCGAGGCUGCCCGUGCAUUGGCAGCUGCCCGACCGGCCCGAGGUGUGGCCUUCCAGGCGCACAGUGUAGUGCCUGGCUCCUUCAUGGCCCGCGACAACGUGGCCACCUUCAUCGGCUGGUGCCGCACGGAGCUGGGUGUGCCAGAGGUGCUCAUGUUUGAGACUGAGGACCUGGUGCUUCGCAAGAACGAGAAGAGCGUGGUACUGUGCCUGCUGGAGGUGGCACGGCGUGGGGCCCGCCUGGGCCUGCUCGCCCCACGCCUGGUGCAGUUCGAGCAGGAGAUUGAGCGGGAGCUGCGCGCUGCACCCCCAGUCCCCAACGCCCCUGCUGCUGGGGAGGACACCACUGAAACCACCCCUGCACCAGGGACUCCUGCCCGUGGCCCCCGCAUGACACCCAGCGACCUGCGCAACCUCGACGAGCUGGUGAGGGAGAUCCUGGGCCACUGCACCUGCCCCGACCAGUUCCCCAUGAUCAAGGUCUCAGAGGGGAAGUACCGUGUGGGGGACUCGAGCCUGCUCAUCUUUGUGCGGGUGCUGAGGAGCCACGUGAUGGUACGAGUGGGUGGUGGCUGGGACACGCUGGAGCAUUACCUGGACAAGCACGACCCGUGCCGCUGCUCCUCCACCGCUCAUCGCCCACCCCAGCCGAGGGUCCGUACCUUUUCUCCACAGAGGGUGUCACCCACCCCCAGUCCCCGCCCUGCUAGCCCAGUUCCUGGGAGUGAGCGCCGGGGCUCCCGACCUGAGAUGACUCCCAUUAGCUUGCGAAGCACAAAGGAGGGGCCCCAGACCCCGCCCAGGCCCCGGGAUCAGCUGCCCCCCCAUCCCCGCUCCCGCCGCUACUCCGGGGACAGUGACUCCUCAGCCUCCUCCGCCCAGAGCGGCCCCCUUGGUACCCGCAGUGAUGACACAGGCACUGGCCCCCGGAGGGAGCGACCCAGCCGGCGGCUGACCACAGGCACCCCGGCCUCUCCGAGACGGCCUCCUGCCCUGCGCAGCCAGUCCCGAGACCGGCUGGAUCGGGGCCGGCCCCGGGGGUCUCCAGGAGGCAGGGGAGCCCAGCUGUCAGCCCCCAGCCCUGCCCGGCGGGCCCGGAGCCAGAGCCGCGAGGAGCAGGCUGUGCUGCUUGUGCGCAGGGAUCGAGACGGGCAGCACUCAUGGGUGCCAAGGGGCAGGGGCACUGGGGGCUCGGGCAGGACCACCCCCCAGACUCCCCGUGCCCGCAGCCCUGCAGCACCCCGGCUUUCCCGGGUCUCCAGCCCCAGUCCAGAGUUGGGCACCACACCGGCCAGCAUCUUCCGCACACCCCUGCAGCUCGACCCGCAGCAGGAGCAGCAGCUGUUUCGGCGCCUGGAAGAGGAGUUCCUGGCCAAUGCCCGGGCCCUUGAGGCUGUUGCUAGCGUGACCCCCACUGGACCAGCCCCUGACCCAGCUCGGGCCCCUGACCCUCCAGCUCCUGACUCUGCCUACUGUUCCUCCAGUUCCUCCUCUUCGUCCCUCAGCGUCCUGGGUGGCAAAUGUGGCCAACCUGGGGACUCUGGCCGGACGGCCAAUGGCCUGCCUGGGCCGCGAAGCCAAGCCCUUUCCAGCUCUUCCGAUGAAGGCAGCCCCUGCCCUGGCAUGGGGGGGCCACUAGAUGCACCUGGGAGCUCCCUGGCUGGCCCCGAACCCUUGAGGACCUGGGCACGGGGUCGGAUGGACACACAGCCAGACCGUAAACCCUCACGCAUCCCCACGCCUCGGGGCCCCCGCCGCCCCUCCGGACCCGCAGAGCUUGGGACCUGGCAUGCCCUGCACUCAGUCACUCCAAGGGCUGAGCCAGAUUCUUGGAUGUGAUGGACCAGCUCACUGUCCCCAGACCCCAUCCCUUCUCCUUUUCCUUUGUGGCCUUAACCCCUCUGCAUCAGGGAGCCCCCUCUGCCUCUUGAGUACCAGACCUCAUGGGACCAGACCCCUUGGGACCACAUGGCACAAUGGGACCUCUGUUGUACAUUCCGAUUGGGGGAUGAGCGUUGCUAUUUAAUUACUAAUAUUAUUGAAUGCCUUAGAGGAGGCCGGGCCAGCCCGGUGUCCUGAAGACCUGUGGCCCAGCAGAGCCUCUGACAGUAAAGUUUUGCUCCAGCCA